GGCUGCAAGCUCGUGGAAGAUGUAUGCUGACCUCUGUACUGUUAGACUUUCUUCACGUGGCAGCUGCCCAGUGUAUGGUCCAUGAGAUUCAUCCCAGGAGCUUUACGUUACCAUGCCUGCUGCUGAACGAGACAUCUUUGAGUCCUUCUGCUGCUGGAGUGGUACAGAGCUGGUCUGGUAUGAGGAGAGAGUAUGGAACUGCUGAAACCAACCCUUCCUUGCUAAUGGAUGAGGAAAGUUUCCUGUGUUGCCUUUGGAGCGAUAACAACACCAGUUGUUCUUUGUACAGAGGAAACAUGCAAGCAAGGAUGCUUAUUCCUUCAGAUAUAAGCAUCUCUGCAUCUGAGGAAAGAGAUUCAAAUUGGAACAUUGAAUGUUGGGUUGAAGGCAAGCUGGAUCUGUUAGUUUGUAGCCUGCAGUUCCUGAAGUUUCACGUGAGACUUGAUAUGAAGGUUCAUCUUUUAUAUGCUGUGUCAGAGGUGUCACUGGGAGAUACAUCUACCAGCUCCCUGAGCAGGACUGCCCUGGCUGCUCAGUGCAACUGCAGUGAGUACAGCAAAUGUGAGUGCCAUGUGCCUUCCCCAAGGCUCAACCACACCUACAUCAUGUGGCUGAAGGUUGUGACUGGUGUAACACCUCUUUGGUCACCCUUGAUGUCAGUCAAGCCCAUAGACAUAGUAAAGCCUGAACCUCCUUUGAAUGUGCAUCUAGAAAUGACAGAGAGAGGUCAAGUGAAGAUCUGCUGGUCUGAGCCUGUACCGAUGCCAUACCCGCUCCGGUAUGAAGUGAACAUCUCUGGAAAUCCAGGUCAAAAUGGCUGGCAGGUGGUUCAAGUUGCUUUAAAUACCUCAUUAGACGUAGACAGUAUGCUGCUUGAUUCUUCCUCCUUUGCUCAAGUGCGGUGCAAGAAUCAUUAUGGUCCGGGGUUAUGGAGUGAAUGGAGCACACUGUAUAAUCUGAAUGUGGGAGCUGAAGUGCUGUACUUCCCUACUAAGAUACUGACCAGUGUUGGUUCUAACGUUUCAUUUCAUUGCAUCUAUAAAAACAAAACCAAGAGCGUAGCGUCCAAGAAGAUUGUUUGGUGGCUGAAUUUAGCAGAAGAAAUCCCAGAAAGUCAGUAUACGCUUGUGACCGAUCGCGUAAGCAAAGUUACUCUUUUCAACUUGAAAGCAACAAAACCUAGAGGAAGUUUCUUCUAUAACGCAUUGUACUGUUGCCAUCAAAAUAGGGAAUGUCAUCAUAGAUACGCUGAAUUAUAUGUAGUAGAUGUGAAUAUCAAUAUCAAAUGUGAAACUGAUGGGUACUUAACUAAAAUGACUUGCAGAUGGUCUGCAAACCCAAACGCGCUGCUCUUGGGGAGCUCCUUGCAGUUAAGAUACCACAGGAGCAAAAUUUAUUGUUCUAACUUUCCAAGUACUCCUCCAGAAUCAGAGGUGAAAGAAUGCCAUUUCCAGAGGAAUCAUUCUUACGAGUGCACAUUUCAGCCUGUUUUUCUUUUAUCUGGAUAUACCAUGUGGAUUGAGUUUAAGCACUCGCUGGGAACACUUGAAUCCUCACCAACUUGUGUCGUUCCAGCAGAUGUGGUGAAGCCACUUCCUCCCUCCGACAUCAAAGCAGAGAUCACCAGAAAUGAUGGGCUGCUGAACGUGAGCUGGGCAAACCCUGUGUUUGCAAAUGAUGAUCUCAAGUUUCAGAUCCGGUAUGCAGUGAACAAGGAAGAACUCACGUGGGAGCUGUAUGAAGUUCUGAGUGUAUCAACAAGAUCAGCUGUGAUAGAAGUGCAACUUUGUGUUGAAUAUAUUGUUCAGAUCCGCUGCAGAGCCCUGGAUGGUUUGGGCUACUGGAGCAACUGGAGCAGAUCGGCCUAUGCAGCUGUCAGAGAUAUCCAAGCUCCCUUACAUGGCCCUGAGUUUUGGAGAACUAUUACUGAAGAUCCAGCAACGGGGCAGAAGAACGUUACGCUCCUGUGGCAGCCACUGAUGAAGAAUCACUCACUGUGCAGCGUGAGCCGGUACGUUAUAAAGCACCAGACAUCAGAAAACACCUCGUGGUCAGAAUAUGUCGACAAAGGCACCACCUGCUCAUUUCCAUGGACUGAGCACACACACACCAUUACAAUCUUAGCCGUGAAUUCAAUUGGAGCUUCUUCAGUUAAUUAUAAUUUAACUUUAUCACGACAAACGAGCACAGUGAAUGCAGUGCAGUCUCUCAUUGCUUACCCAGUGAACAGCACGUGUGUGAUUUUGACUUGGACGCUUUCACCUCAAAUAUAUGUGAUAACAUCUUUAAUUAUUGAGUGGAGAAACCUUAACAAAGAAGAGGAGAUGAAAUGGGUGCGAGUUCCUCCAAAUACUAGUAAAUACUAUAUUUAUGAUCACUUCAUUCUGAUUGAGAAGUACCGGUUCAGCCUGUACCCCGUCUUUGCUGCAGGAGUUGGCAAAUCCAGAGCCACGGACCAGUUCACCAAAGAUGGAUAUGCCAGUCAGACCAGUUCUAGCCUCCACAUGGUUCUGCCAAUAGUUAUUUCAACCUCCGUGCUGUUGCUUGGAGCACUGCUGGUUUCCCACCGAAGAAUGAAGAAACUGCUCUGGGAAGAUGUUCCAAACCCCAAGAAUUGCUCAUGGGCACAAGGAGUUGAUUUUCAGCAGCCUGAAACUUUUGAGCAUCUUUUUGUCAAGCACCCUGAAGCAAUGUCAUUUGAGCCUCUUCUUCUGGAACCAGAAAUAGUGCUGGAAGACAUCAGUGUUACUAAAGCUUUGAAACAAGACGACACACAAGAUUUCUCAGCAAUUGAUUCCACGUUCACAAAAACUGAAGACUCUGAGCACGACUCUGCAUGUCCCAGCAGCCAUUUCAGUGGUCGCAGCUUCUCGGAGUGCUCCCCCAGUGCCCCGAUCCCUGCAGAAACAAGUCAAUCCAACAUUAAAUACGCCACUGUUAUCAGUAACUCCGGAUCAGGUGGGCUUUACGAACAGAAGAAGAAUCCCAGAAGUGGUUUUGAUAGGUGUUUUCUAGCUGAAGACCCCUUGGCUGCAGGUGUUUGCUCAGGUAGCUCCUGGGAGCUGGGAAGUGAGGAGUUCCUCCUGCUGCCUGACCAGCCUGGCAGCCGGCCCUGCAAGACCCUUUCCCUUAUCUCUUCAGAGGGAUUUUCAGAGCCUUCAGAUCAGGAUGAUGCUUUCACAGAUGGAGGUAGUCCCGAGCGAGGUCUCUGUUACCUAGGGAUAACGUCAUUGGACAAAAGAGAAAAUGACAUUUUUUUAACAGAAAGUUCCAGACUGAUGUGCCAUUUCCAUACAGCUGAUCUACUCAGAGGUGUGGGGUUUCUUCAGAAUACACCUCCUAAUUUAAAUGCAUUUCUCCAGAGCAGCAUUAAAGCCAUUGUGCCAUACGUGCCCCAGUUUCGGAUGACUGCUGCCAAGGUGCAAGAGACCACAGAGAACAGCUGUUAAGCCCUCACGCCUUAAUUUGAUGCUCUUUAUGGCUUUCUAAGUGUAGGUAUGUGCCCUGUUUUUCCCUCUCUUCACUUCUUUUAGGAAGGCUGGGUAGCUGAUCCUGUGCUUGAGUGACAGGAUUUUAGUAGGAAGAAAUUCCCCUUCUUGACCUAAUUUUCAAAUGUGGGGCCUUUUUAAAUAUAAUUUAUAUAUAAAUAUAUUCAAAGGUCUUCUAUCGGCCAUGCAGACUAAGUAUACGUGUCUCUCCAUUCAGGAGUAAAGUAUCUCUUCAUGCAUGUUGGCAGACUUUGAGUGAGCUUGCUCUUGUUCCAGGUGUUG